CUCCCCAGCUUUACACAAAACUAGUCAAACCCAAUAACACAUAUUGGGAACCCACAAAAUUCACUCUCUCCUUCUCUCUCUCUCUCUCUCUCCCAACACUCACCAUGUUAUCCGAUCCUUUCAAAUCCCAUUUCCUCUUCCUAAUUCUCUCUUUCUCCCUCUGCGUUUCACAAACCCUAGCUCUCAAUUCGGUCCCAGAGCCCGAUGCCUCGGCGCUCACCUACCUCUGGCCUCUACCCUCCGAAUUCACCUCCGGCAACCGCACGCUCUCCGUCGACCCGGACCUAUCUCUCGCCGUCGCCGGAAUUGGCGGCAACUCCGCCAUUGUUAGAGCCGCAUUUGAUAGAUACAGAGCGAUCAUAUUCAAGCACACUAGUGGAAUCUCUAUAUUUAGUAGAUUCACGGGAAGGAGCUCCGUGUAUGAUAUUACCAAAUUGAAGAUCAUUGUUAAUUCGGAUAACGAAGAGCUUCAACUUGGUGUGGACGAGAGCUAUACUUUGUUUGUUUCGAAGAAUGAUGGGAAGUCGAUUAUUGGGGAGGCUACGAUUGAGGCAAAUACUGUUUAUGGCGCAUUGCGAGCGUUGGAGACAUUCAGCCAAUUAUGUUCUUUUGAUUAUGGAACUAAGUCAGUGCAAGUAUACAAGGCUCCUUGGUGCAUCCGGGACAAACCGAGAUUUGCAUUUCGUGGGCUUCUAUUGGAUACAUCGAGGCACUACUUUCCGAUUUAUGUAAUUAAGCAGAUAAUUGAAUCUAUGUCAUAUGCUAAACUUAAUGUCUUUCAUUGGCACAUCAUAGACGAGGAGUCAUUUCCACUUGAAGUACCUGCAUAUCCAAAGUUGUGGAAAGGUUCAUAUACAAAGUGGGAGCGUUACACGGUUGAGGAUGCGUAUGAGAUUGUCAACUUUGCCAAAGUAAGAGGCAUCAAUGUCAUGGCAGAAAUAGAUAUCCCUGGUCAUGCAGAAUCAUGGGGCACUGGAUAUCCUGAUCUUUGGCCUUCUACUUCAUGUAGAGAGCCACUUGAUGUCACAAAGAACUUUACUUUUGAUGUGAUUUCUGGGAUUCUGACAGAUAUGAGAAAAAUUUUCCCCUUUGAGCUCUUCCACUUGGGUGGUGAUGAAGUUAAUACAGAUUGCUGGAGCUCUACUCCACAUGUGAAGCAAUGGCUUCAGGACCGGAACAUGACUGCUAAGGAUGCCUACAAAUAUUUUGUACUAAAAGCUCAAGAAAUAGCAAUUUCAAAAAAUUGGACCCCUGUCAAUUGGGAAGAAACCUUCAAUACAUUUGCAGAAAACCUUAAUCCAAGGACUGUAGUGCAUAACUGGUUGGGCGCUGGGGUUUGUCCAAAGGCUGUUGCAAAGGGUUUUAAAUGCAUUUUUAGCAAUCAAGGUUUUUGGUAUCUAGACCAUCUGGAUGUCCCUUGGAAUGAAGUUUACACUGCUGAGCCACUAGAGGGAAUAAAUGACACUUCUAAGCAAGAGCUUGUGCUUGGUGGAGAAGUUUGCAUGUGGGGUGAGACAGCAGAUACAUCAGAUGUUCAGCAAACAAUCUGGCCUCGAGCUGCAGCAGCUGCAGAGCGCAUGUGGAGCAGAAGGGAUGCCAUAUCCACAGGAAAUAUUGCCUUGACUGCAUUACCUCGGUUGCAAUACUUCAGAUGUCUCUUGAAUAGGCGUGGGGUUCAAGCUGCUCCAGUCACAAAUAAAUAUGCCCGGCGCCCUCCAACUGGUGCAGGGUCAUGCUAUGAGCAAUGAUUCUUAAAUUGUGAGAUUAGGUGACUGGACUUGUUUCAGGCUGCAUCCAAUGAGCUCAGCUCAAAUAGCACUUUGUUUCCCAUAAGAAUAGUUGGAAAAUCUGGUUGUGGGUUCAACACGAUACCCAUUGGAGGUGUGUAACUUGUUAAUAGACUUAAAAAAGAAUUUGAGAUCAGUAUUGAUUGUGAGAUCAAUCAAAUCUGGCACUAGUGAUUUUGUGUUGUAAUUUACUUGUGGUGUUGUAAUUUGUGGUUUUGUAAUUUACUUGUUAGUAAAUAAAUAUUUUCAAUCUUA